CAGAGCUUGCCGGCCCCCAGAGCCUGCCGGGCAGUGCUGACCAUGGCCGGGAGCAGGAGCAAGGCCACGCUCCGUGCGUGGCUCGUGUGCCCCGGGCUGCUCGGCUGCUUCUUGCUGGGCUUUCUCACAGGAUGGUUUACAAAACUGACUGAGAAAAACCCCAACUCUUCAGAUGUGCAUCAAAAUGUGAGGCAGAAACUUGUGGCUGAAAUGAAAGCAGAGAACAUCAGGAAAUUUCUUCGUUCAUUUACCAAGUUGCCUCACCUCGCAGGAACUGAACAGAAUCUUCUUCUUGCCAAAAAAAUUCAAGGCCAGUGGAAGGAAUUUGGAUUGGAUUCAGCAGAACUUGUUAAUUAUGAUGUGCUUCUUUCAUACCCAAAUGAAGAGCAGCCAAACUACAUUUCACUAAUUGAUGAUCAAGGGAAUGAGGUUUUCAAUACAUCAUUGUUUGAACCACCUCCACAGGGCUAUGAAAAUGUUAGUGAUAUACUACCACCAUAUAAUGCUUUUUCAGCACAAGGAGUGCCAGAGGCAGAUCUGGUGUAUGUGAAUUAUGGCCGUACAGAAGAUUUUUUUAAGCUGGAGCGUGAAAUGGGAAUUAACUGUACAGGAAAGAUUGUUAUUGCCAGAUAUGGGAAGAUCUUCAGAGGAAACAAAGUUAAAAAUGCCAUAUUAGCAGGAGCCCAAGGGAUUAUACUUUACUCAGACCCUGCUGACUACUGUGCUCCAGGAGUAGAUCCUUAUCCAGGUGGAUGGAACCUUCCAGGUGGAGGAGUCCAGCGUGGGAAUGUUUUAAAUCUGAAUGGAGCUGGGGACCCUCUAACACCAGGUUAUCCUGCCAAAGAGUACACUUUCAGAUACAAAUUUGAUGGAGGUGUAGGGAUUCCCAAAAUCCCGGUUCAUCCCAUUGGGUAUCAUGAUGCAGAAGUGUUACUACGUGCAAUGGGAGGACCUGCAGCUCCAGACAGCAGCUGGAAGGGAAGUCUCAAUGUGUCUUAUAAUAUAGGGCCAGGAUUCACAGGCAACUCUUCUACAAGAAAAGUCAGAAUGCAUGUUCAUACAAGGAAUAAAAUCACACGAAUUUACAAUGUCAUUGGCAUCCUCAGAGGAGCUCUGGAAUCAGACAGAUACAUUAUUUUAGGUGGUCACAGAGAUUCUUGGGUGUUCGGUGGUAUUGAUCCAACCACUGGUGCUGCUGUUCUGCAAGAAAUCGUACGGAGUUUUGGUAAAAUGAAGAUGGAAGGUUGGAGACCUAGGCGAACUAUUAUUUUUGCUAGCUGGGAUGCAGAAGAAUUUGGAUUAUUGGGUUCCACAGAGUGGGCAGAGGAAAAUUCCAAAGUCCUUCAGGAACGGGCAGUUGCUUACAUCAAUGCAGAUUCCUCUAUAGAAGGUAACUACACAUUAAGAGUUGAUUGUACCCCUCUUCUCUACAAACUGGUGUAUAAUCUGACAAAAGAGAUUUUAAGCCCUGAUGAGGGUUAUGAAAAUAAAACUCUUUAUGAGAGCUGGCUUGAGAAAGAUCCCGCAUCUGAAAAUAAUAACUAUCCCAGAAUAAAUAAACUGGGGUCAGGCAGUGAUUUUGAAGCCUACUUCCAGCGACUGGGAAUUGCAUCAGGCAGAGCUCGUUACACCAAGAACAGGAAAGUGGACAAAUUCAGCAAUUAUCCUGUUUAUCACACUGUGUACGAGACAUUUGAGCUAGUGGAAAAAUUUUAUGACCCUACCUUCAAGAAACAGCUAACGAUUGCCCAGUUACGAGGCAAACUGGUUUAUGAACUGGCAGAUUCCCAGGUCAUUCCAUUCGACUCUAGAGACUACGGAGAAGCCUUAAAAGGAUACAGCAACAGAAUUUAUAAAUUAGCCAAGAAGCAUGAAGAACAGCUGAAACUUUACAAAGUAUCAUUUGAUCCUCUUUUUUCUGCUGUGGUGAACUUCUCAAAGGCUGCUGCUGAAUUUCACAGGAGACUUGAACAAGUAGACAAGAAAGAUUCAGUAGCAGUGCGCAUCAUGAAUGAUCAGCUGAUGAUGGUAGAAAGAGCUUUCACUGAUCCUCUGGGUUUGCCAGGAAGGAAGUUUUACAGACAUGUUAUCUUUGCUCCAAGCAGCCACAACAAAUAUGCAGGAGAAUCCUUCCCAGGAAUCUAUGAUGCCAUGUUUGAUAUUGAAAGCAAAGCUGAUCAACUUGAAGCCUGGGAAGAAGUGAAGAGGCAGAUUUCCAUUGCAGCCUUCACUGUGCAGGCAGCAGCAGACACACUGAAGGAAGUAGCAUAAGAUGAAGGCUUUGAAAACUCCCACAGCAGAGUGUGGCACACAGAGCUGUCAGGCUGCUCAGUGUCCCAGUGUCCCCAGCUGCCUGCCCUGCCUCAGUCUCCAGCCUCCCAAACCACAUGGUAGGUGUGCAGAGCUCUGUGUGCCAGAGAACUCCUGAAACAGGGAUUGCUGCAUCUCUGCUACUGACAGAACUUUAUGUACAGCCAUGAUGGAAGCAAAUUUGGCUGUGGGAAGAGGGGGAAGCAGGAACAAUCAGUUUCUGAUUAGAAUUUUCUGAGAGA